CUGGUAUAUAAAUCUUACAAGAAAAGGUUUAUAGAUAAUUUGCCCACUAGAAGAAUUCCUUGCCUUGCUUCUUCUUCUUCCAUCUUAUAUCCGAUCACAAGUAUCAAAAAAUGGGUGGAAGCUUUAUUGGUGAUGAUUGGGAAUUUACUUCUCCAUCAAAUGGUGAUCGAACGGUUGUCUUGGUUGGUCGUACAGGCAAUGGUAAAAGUGCGACAGGAAAUAGCAUUCUUGGGAGAAAAUCAUUCAAGUCAAGGUCUAGCUCAGCCGGUGUUACAACAACGUCUGAACUGCAAAGAACUGAAUUGCAAGAUGGUCAGAUUCUUAAUGUAAUUGAUACACCAGGUUUGUUUGAUUUUUCUGGACAAUCUGAGUUUAUUGGCAAAGAAAUUGUCAAAUGCAUCAGUAUGGCCAAAGAUGGUAUACAUGCAAUCCUGGUUGUUUUCUCGGUCAGGACUCGAUUUUCUAAGGAAGAACAAGCUGCCCUUCAAAGUUUGCAGACUUUGUUUGGAGAAAAGAUUUACAACUAUAUGAUCAUAGUUUUUACUGGUGGAGAUGACCUUGAAGACAAUGAUGAGACUCUGGAAGAUUAUUUGGGUCGUGAGUGCCCUGAACCUCUGCAGGAAAUUCUCAGUCUCUGCAAUGAUCGUAAAGUUUUAUUUGACAAUAAGACUAAGGAUCCAGAGAGGAAGUCGGAACAAUUGGAGCAACUUCUUUCAUUGGUCAACAAGGUCAUGGUGUUGAAUGGCGGUCAGCCAUACACAGAUGAUAUAUUUGUUGAAUUACAGAAAGGAGCCUCGAAACUCCGUGAUCAGACUAAAGAAGUUAAUUCGUUGGAAGGGUACUCGAAGAGUGAGAUAUCAAACCUGAGAGAGGAUAUGCAGAAAUCGUACGAGGAGCAGCUAAAACGAAUAACUGAGAUGGUAGAAUCAAAGCUUAGAGAGACAACAAGAAGACUUGAAGAACAAUUGGCAGUAGAGCAUGAUGCACGGUUAAAGGCUGAAAAGGCAGCCCUGGAAGCUAGGAAAAUAUCGGAUGAUGAAAUCCGUAAACUGAGAGAGAACUUGGACAAGGCAUAUCAUGAAACCGAGGAGCUGCGCAAAAAGAUGGGUGGGGGUGGUAGUGGUUGCAGCAUUUUGUGAUGAUGAUGAUGGUUGAAACUUGAAAGAGACCAAGAAAGUAUUAAUGUUGAAGUAAGUAUAUAUAUAUAUAUAUAUAUAUAUAUUUGAAGUAUUAUGAUCUAAACUCUGAGAUUUGCUUGGACCCUUGCUUGUAUGUAUAUCAUAUCAAUCAUCUAUGUAUUUCUUGACAUAUACUUUUAUUGAUAAUUUCUUUUUAUGACCCGCAGGGAAAGC